GUUGUUGUUGUUGUUGUUUACAAUUCCAAGUAACUAAAACAAUGACACUUUUCCGCUCAUGCCAACAACGAAGAAAACAGUAAAAGAUAGAAGCAGGAAUCAUUCUCUUUGUAGAAUUGAUGACUAUGCCAUACUGUACUAGGCUUGGGCUCAUAUUUGUUGUUGUUGCUGUUCUGGUUGAAUUUCAAGUAGUAACGAACGGUUUGAUUUUGCUGCGACAGUCGAAUAAUGUUUUAGGAAUUAUUUACCAAAAGUUGGACUUUAUCUUCAGAGUCAAACCAAAAACUCUAGUCGGACACGAUGACAUCAAUGUGUACACUUGUGUAACAUUGUAGAAGUUCAACCAAUCCUUCAUGAGUUUCUUUCAGAGCUACUUUGUAUACUAUCCAAACGCAAGCUGUUUGUACAAAAU